AUGCCAAGACUCAAUUUCACAGCUGUGACAGAGUUUAUCUUUGAAGGUUUUUCCAUUUUUGGGUGGCAGCACAGACUCUUCCUCUUUGGAGUCUUUUUGAUCUUGUACCUGUUGACCCUUGCCAGCAAUGCUAUCAUCUUGACAGUUAUCCACCUCAACCGUCAACUUCACACACCCAUGUACUUCUUUCUGAGUGUGCUGUCCAUAUCUGAGACCUGUUAUGCAGUAGCCAUCAUCCCCCGAAUGCUGUCCAGUCUCCUUAAUCCCCAACGAGUCAUCUCCAUUCCAGAUUGUGCCACCCAGCUCUUCUUCUAUCUCACUUUCGGUAUCAACAACUGCUUCCUGCUCACAGCCAUGGGAUAUGAUCGUUAUGUGGCCAUCUGCAACCCCCUACAGUAUUCAGUCAUCAUGGGCAAAAAGACUUGUAUACAGUUGGCAAGUGGAUCCUGGAGCAUUGGCCUGAGCACAGCCAUCAUUCAGGUGUCUUCUGUGUUCAGCCUGCCAAUGAAGGGAGAAAACCAUACCCUCAUAACUGAGUUUGUUUUCCAGGGUUUCUCAAGCUUCCAUGAGCACCAGCUCACCCUUUUUGUGGUGUUCCUUGCAUUCUACAUCUUAACCUUAGCAGGCAAUGUAAUCAUUGUGACCAUUAUCCGAAUUGAUCAUCAUCUCCACACUCCCAUGUACUUCUUCCUGAGCAUGCUGUCUACUUCAGAGACUGUACAUACAUUGGUCAUUCUCCCAAGGAUGCUCUCCAGCCUUGUGUGUGUGAAUGAGUCCAUCUCACUGGCAGGUUGUGCCACUCAGAUGUUCUUUUUCAUAACCUUUGGUAUCACUAACUGCUUCCUGCUCACAGCAAUGGGUUAUGACCGCUAUGUAGCUAUCUGCAACCCCCUGAGAUACACAGUUAUUAUGAACAAGAGGGUGUGUGUCCAACUGGUGUGGGGAGCCUGGAGCAUUGGGCUGAUUGUAGCAACGACACAGGUGACAUCUGUAUUCAGGUUACCUUUCUGUGCUGCCAAAGUGUCACACUUCUUCUGUGACAUCCGACCUGUGAUGAAGCUCUCCUGCAUUGAUACCACUGUUAAUGAGAUCUUGACUUUGAUCAUCAGUGUGCUGGUGCUUGUUGUACCUAUGGGUCUGGUUUUCAUCUCUUAUGUCCUCAUCAUCUCCACCAUCCUCAAGAUCGCCUCUGCUGAGGGCCGAAAGAAAGCUUUUGCCACCUGUGCUUCUCAUCUCACUGUGGUCAUUGUCCACUAUGGCUGUGCUUCCAUUGCCUACCUCAAGCCAAAGUCAGAGAACACCAGGGAUCAGGAUCAGCUGAUUUCAGUGACCUACACUGUCAUCACCCCCCUACUGAACCCUGUAGUGUACACCCUGAGGAACAAAGAAGUCAAGGAUGCUCUGCUCCGGGUCAUUGUCAGGAAGCUUUCCUGA